GAUCAGGUGGGUACCAAACACACCUCGAUAUUCUCAGAACCAAGAUUAUAUAAAACCUCUCUCUCUUCCCCCUGUUUCGUCACCACCAGACCACCACGCAACAUCCUCUCUCAAUCGCCAUUGAUCGACUAACCUUCACCCCUCGAUCGACUUUCAGACUCGGUAAUCGGGUUCUCCAUCAUAUCAUCAAGGGUUCUUUCGUUGACUUUUGGAGGCACGAUCAUGGCAUUGCGUGAAAAGGUUCUCAUAAGGAAAGCAGAGAAGUUUGAAGUAAAGGAACUGCAGAAGAUUAUACUAAAUCGGCAACAAUUACUAAUACUCGACAAACUACUUAACGAUGCUUACGUCAUUCGUAGGCCAAAGCCAAGCGAAUACGAACAUCGCAAACAACUGAUCCGAGUCUUUAAUGAGAUAGCAGAAGAGAUAUAUGGUAAUUCUGCCAGCUGUCCUGUAGUCGAGGAAUUCGGUUCUUUUUCAAUGGAUCUUUUUACAACAGAAAGUGAUCUAGAUCUCUCCAUUAACUUCCGAAAUAGUUCAUUACUGUUUCCUCGGGAUCAGAAAAUAAAAACACUUCGGAAGUUUGCAAGAAAGUUCUACGCACUUCAAAAUGUAGGUUACGUAAAAGGGGUCCAGCCCAUCAUGGGUGCUAAGGUACCCAUUGUCAAGGUUAUCGAUACCGGAACCGGUGUUGAAUGUGACCUUUCAGUAGAAAACAGGGAUGGAAUUUCGAAAUCGUUGAUUAUUCGUUUCAUUACUUCUAUAGAUCAACGGUUUCAAAAGCUAAGUUUCUUGAUGAAAGCGUGGGCAAAAGCACACGAUAUCAACAGCUCAAAAGAUCGAACUCUCAACUCUUUAUCCAUAAUAUUAUUGGUUGCUUUUCAUCUACAGACAAGAAAGCCCCCUAUAUUACCUCCGUUUUCCGCUAUACUAAAAGAUGGAGAGGAUCCUAAGUCCGUGAGGAGAGCAGUUAGAAACUUCGAGAACUAUGGUAUACGAAACACAGAAACAUUAGGUGAAUUGUUCGUGUCAUUUUUAAUCAAGUUAGCUUCCGCUGAAAAACUUUGGCCCAAAGGUCUGUGCGCGAGUACUUAUCUAGGACGCUGGACGUCUAAAACUUGGGACACUAAAAUAGCCAACAUGAGUGUUGAGGAUUUUACGGACCGGACCCAAAACGUGGCUAGGGCGGUCGGAAAAUCAGAAGUGGAAAAAAUCUACGAAUGCAUCCAUCUUACCAAACAAAAUAUUAGUCUUUUCAUGAACGUUAGAAUUGAAGAACUGGCGUUAAAGGAAUCCUUGUUUGGCAUUGAUAGAGUGCUUCAUCAUCCGAAUGUCGAGCCGAAAUCAAACGUAUGGAUAGAAAACUAUGAAAAAAACCGGCAUGUUGUGACAACAAACCCUAUAUUGGCUGUGAAUAGUUGGUCAACAAGGCAACCGCCAACGGGUCACUGGGGUGUACCGGUACCGCCACAUCAUCGAGCCGUGACUACAGGCCCGGUAAAUCUGUGGGUUGAGCAGCCGUUUGACCAUCAGCGGAACAAAAGAACGAGGGUUGAAGAGGAUAUACCGUACCAUCGAGCCGUGACUACAGGCCCAUCGAACAUGUGGGCCGAGCAGUCGUUUGACCAUCAGCAAACAAAAAGAAUGAGGGUUGCAGAGGAUGUACCCGCAACCCAAAAUAGGUGGACACAAGGUUGGGGUGGGGCCCCUAAUGGGGGUUGGGGUGAUGCCCAUGGAGCGGCUUCCAUGGAUGACCACCUUCGAAGGUCACAUGAGAUGCAGCAUGCAAGGGACGAAUGGGGAAGAAGGCCUCAACCACCUCCUUAUUAUGGGAGUUCAUCCAACGCAUAUGGUCCACCAUUUCGUUGAGGCUCGGUUUUAAAUGAACACAGUGUGAGAAACAACUAACCAGACUGCACCCAUUUGUGGGUUUUUGUGUCGGGUUUGUUCGUUUGUUGUAACGUGUUAGUGGUAACUGUUUAUAAGUAGUGUUUAAGUUCAUAGCGGGCCGAAAUGUAUCUUUUUGAUCAAACAUCAACUCAAGCCCAUCAUUUAGAUUCAAAGUGAUAGCAGGGGGGCAUCGUUUGGACCCAACCACAGUAGCAUUUUGAUGCCCCUGUUUACUAUACCUGGUUUAAUUUAAACUGGAUUUUGUUCAA